AGGCGCAGCUUCAAGGCGACUUCUGCAAGUGUGGUCCAGCAAUUCAUUGCAGACCUUGCACUAACGAGGUCAGCCCACCUCCGAACUAUACCCCAAUCGAAGAAAUAUCGCGUCUAGACCAGUUCCUAUCUCCGUACCCAGAGCCUUCCCACAGGAAGUGUAUCGCUUGCCCCACAUACAUGUCGGAAGACGGAAUAGAAAAGGUGAACCACUUCUGCCCUUCCUGCAAUCUUCCUAUACAAAUGCGCAAUGGCGAUCAUCCUGUCGAACGGCAGUCUCAGAAAUUAGGCGUCUAUCGCGAUGAUGAAAACGACAUCGAUCGUGAGGUUGAGACGGUAGGACCCGACUACGAGUCUGUUCAAGAGUUUUGGAAGCGGCAGUGGAUAAGAACCAGCGGCCGGUUGAGUCCACCGACUAAAUGGCAGCCUGUGCGAUAUGAAUGGGAACGUAUCAACCAAGGUUCGGUGCUCACCGCGGAUGAACGUAGCCACUUGGAUCGGUGCUCGUACUUCAAGCCCAUACGUGCACCUGUGUGGGAUUCUGAAAAGGUUCUAUUCGAGCCGCCUCCAAUCAGACUCCCUCACUACAUGUGGCGUCGUAUCAUUGGGAGAACCUGGGGCUUCUGGACCUGGAUCGUGGCAGAUAUUUCAGGUCUAUUUAGUCUAGAAGAGUUAUUGGUCCAGGAAUUUGGUUCUGUGUCCAAGUUCUUCACGUACGUGAGAAGAUAGAUUUGGAGGAAAUGGCAAGGACAUCAAUACGUAUAUACGGUGAAAACAACGUGGGUAUCAUUUAGGAAUGCGUGGCUUUGACACCUAAACCUAAUUCACCUCAUU